GGUGUGGGCUGGCUGGCACUGACUUGCGCAGGUAUGAAGAGAAAUCCAGCACAGUCCUGAGAGAGGAGAGGAACUGCAGCACUUCUGUGACAGGAACUUCAGUUUCUCAGACAAACUAGGGGGAAAAGUCACAUACAGAAACACCUGUACAAGGGACAGUGGAAGAGGAACUGUGAGAACAAGAAGAGGCAGUUUUGUGAGGACAGACAGAACGGAGGACUCUUCAGAAUGUGAAAUAACCUGGAGGAGAUUCUUUUACUGCGGUUUGACCAAUGGGUCUGGGAUUCUAAUGUGGCAUUUCAGGCUCUGGGAUGUACAAGAUGUUGCUGUGUUUCUCAGCAUCACAUUAUAUAUGUGUCACCUAGCUGGAGCCAUCUCCAUCCAUUCUCCCCAGAGGAGCCUGACCAGGUCGGUGCAGGAGGAUGUGUUUUUCUCAGUGGAUGUUACCUGUAACGGGAUCCCCACCAUACAAUGGACCUUUAUGUCAGGGGCGGUGAGCCGCACCAUAGGGACUUGGCGGCCAGGGGUGUACACCAACAUAACAGUGGAUUACAGCAGCAGAGUGCAGGCCUUCAACAAUGGCUCAAUGGGCCUGUCAGACCUGCGGCUGCAAGACGCUGGAUACUACGUGGUCACUGUCACAGAAACAGCAGGAAGUAGCAAGGACGCUGGAUUUGUCCUAAAAGUGAAUGAGGUGCUGUACGAGGACCUUCAGUACCUGUCUGUCUCUGCCUUAGCACUGGCCUGUUUGGCUGGCCUUCUCAUGCUGGCCAUGUGGCUACUAGACAAGGCCUACAGGAAGAUAGUGGCAUGGAGACGCAGGAAACAGAUGCCAGAAAAUGAUGCAACAGAGCUGCAGCCUCUUUGAUGGACAUCAGGCUGCAGGAAAACACGAGAGACUGUCUGUCAAACUUGGACUUUUUAAAAGUUAUGUAUGUAUAUAAAAUAACUGCAUUUUUUUAAUCCAACAAGUUACUUACAGCCAGAUGGCUUGAAAAAAGAAAAACUGUGUACCAAGAUGUUUACAUUUGUAUUGAAUACACAUGCAUUUACAGCUCACUGCUGUGGACACUGGAUUGAAUGUAAAUAUAUCAUCCAUGACACUGAAAAAACAAUACAUACUGUAUUUAUUGUCUGA